UAAUUUGUCUAAGCUUCUGAGUUUGGUUCUCAUGGUGGGAUUCAUGUCAUUCAAUUCAUUGAAAACCUAACGUUGUCAAAUUUCCUGAUACCGGUGGUUUCUGCUACAGUACCAAAACAGACAGGUUUCUUGCUCCACCCCUUCUUCCCAGAACAAAUUCAUGAAAUUUCUCACUCACUCGUUUAUAGGAGGAAGAAAGAACGAGUCUUUUUAAGUGUUCGAUCAAUAGCUUGAUUUUGCAGGUCGGCACAACUCAAGAGAUUCAAUGGGUGAAAAUCCAGAUCGCUUUUCCCGUAAGAACCGGAGCACUGAAGGGUCAAAUGGCGGAGAUACGAGGAAUCGUCAUCUGGUUGACGAUGGGGCUGGAGAUGUGAUCAAGUGUUCUGGAAAGUACUGUAGAUCGUGUACAGCCAGUUUCAUGGCGGACUGUGUUGCCAUCUGCUGUUGCCCUUGCGCAGUGGUAAGCUUCUUGGCGCUUGCGUUCGUGAAGGUGCCUUGGAUGAUGGGUAGGAGAUGUUUGGGGUUAGAGAAAAAGAAAAAGAAGGGUCACGAAUCUGAAGGGAAAGAGAGAAGGGAAGGGAAAGAAAGGGAUGGAUUGAUUGAGAGAAAUGAAAAUUUGAGAAAAGAAAGGGCAAUGGAAGAGGGAAAAUGUCAAUUCCAAACCGAUGAUGAAACAGAGCAGAAAGAAAAUUUCUGUGCGGGAAUUGAAGCUGAGAGUGUCUGGAUGGAGUUGUACCAGUUGGGUCAUUUGGGUUUUGGUAGAGUUUCUUUCUCUGAAACCAAGGAGAGAAAAACUGUUUGUAAGAGAUAA